GUGUCGCUGGGACUUCGUGAAACGAACGCAUCCAGCAGUGUGGCGGUGUCUGUGCGCAGCUGCCGAGCUGCUGGCCGUGCAGAUCAUGCAGGCGGAGAACAUUCUCAACAACCAGACGCUGUACUGGACGUGCAACGCCUUCGCGCCCAUCGACGAGGACCGCGUGAUACUCGAGAAGGCGAAGCUCAGGUCUCUCUCGAUCCGGCGGCUGGAGGAUAUCCUCUCGAAGCACUACCAGGCGUGCCCCCUGGUGGCCGCAGGAACCGUUCUCGCCAUGCAGGGACCCGCCAUCGAGGUCGACUACCGAGUGCACGAGGCAGCGGUGAACACCCUCCGCACGAGCGUCCGCGUGCUGUCAAGCCUGCCGACCAAGACGAGGCGUGUUAUGCAAGAACUGCCCAACGUCAUAAGGUCCGUUCUCAAAGGGGAAUCCCUUAUCCUGGCGCACAGGGGAAGCGUUGAGACCCGUGAGCAAGUGUGCAACCUGUCGAGCGAGGCGAUGUCCGUGAUGGACGACACGGUGAACCUGGUGGUGCAAACGCAGCAGGGCGCCAGCGGCGACCGCGCCGUCUACAUGGCCAGCGGCAUCUCGCUCUGGUACUCGCGCGUCGACGUCGCCCAGAUGCGGCGCAAGAGCACGCUCUACGUCAAGCCGAGGAUAAUGCUCACCUACGACAAGGCCAUCUACGCGUACUCCAAGUCGCUGUCCGUCGUGGUUACGGUGUACCAGAAGAACCCGUUCCACUGCGCCAUGACCAUCGGCCCGAUCACCACAGACCUGGUGAGGCCUUACAUCAGGGACGAGGCGACCGGCAUGCGAAUACGCGGCACCACCGACAGGAGGCGCACCAUGCGGGUGGCGCUGCAGCCCGAAGCGGCGCACAGCGACGAGUCCAUGGCGAAACUCACGGCCAGCACCAUGAUGAUUGUCAAGUUCAAGCUUCCCAAAAGCGACGGCGCCAUCGUGGUCAAGAUUCACCCCGAGUUCAUCAAGUACUUCUUCAUGGCAUUCGUGCACACGGGCUCGGAGCCCAGCACCCGGGACUUGUCGCAGGGCCAGAUGUACGUGCUGCACCCGCUCGCCAGCUUCGUGGUCGUCAUGCCCGAGGAGUACAAGGCGCGCGAGGGAGACGAGAUGUACGUCACGUUCGUGCCGCUCGUCGAGCGGUCGGUCAAGGCGCUCAACUUCAAGGACGUCAAGUACCCCUUCUGGCACCGCAGCGACAUGUACAUAUGGUACUCGGUGUCGGCCAUGCACUGGUACUGCGUCAACAAGAGCCCCGACGGCGGCAGCUUCAGCACAAGCGAGGGCUGCGCGUUCUCGAACGUGAGCCGGCUGGGCGAGAUCAUCUGCGAGUGCCACCAGAACGCGACGGCCAUCGCGGGCACCUCGACCAAGGUGACGUUCACGACGCACCUCAAGCCGCUGGAGAACGUGUCCACCGAGGCCGGCGGUCCCGGCGAGAAGGAGGAGCCCAACUUCUACUUCCUCCAGUACCUCAUCCCCAUCCUGCUGGCCGCCCUGUGGGUCAACUUUGUCGUGCUCUUCUACUGGACCAUGAAGAUAGCCGAGAUAGACGAGCAGACGGGGGCAACGGCCAUAGCGCCGGAAAACAAGGCUGGCAACAAGGAAGUCUACGUCUUGAUAUUCCAGACCAGUUACGUGCAGUACGCCGAGACGACGGCCAAGAUCCAGGUCGAGCUGCACGGCACCGAAGGCACGUCGGGAAAGUUCACGCUGCGCGACCCCCGCUGCAACCCGUACUUCCUGCUGGCCGGCAGCACCAACGGGCUGCUGCUUACCACGCAACAGACGCUGGGGAACAUCAUCGUGCUCAGCAUCUUCUCCGACAGCGAGGGCACCAGGCCGAGCUGGCACUUAAAGAAGGUCGACGUGUUUCACGAGGGCACGCCGGAAAAGUUCCUCUUCGUGGUGGAUAAGUGGCUUCGGUUCCAAGAUCAGGACCACGCCGACAUCCUGCCUUUCGUGGAGGGCCACGGCAAGAAGAUGUCCAUCAUGUUCCAGCUUACCUUUCCCAGGGUGUUUCGGCUGUGCCACCUGCUGGUGAGCGUGUUUGCGUGGCCCAGUGGCAGCCGCUACACACGCCUCCAGCGGCUGGUCACCAUACUGUUCCUGGGCGUGCUCACCAUGUUCAUGGCCAUGGUGCUGCGCGGCUUCCAUCCGGUGCCCGGCGAAGUUGAACCCGGAUUCGCCAAGGAGGCCGAGCGCGGGUGCAUCAUCGCGGCCGUCGUUUUCAUUGCCGGGGUCAUCCUGCAGAUUCUGUUCACGUUCUCGAAGCAGAUGCCGCCGGAGAAGGUCCGGCUGGCCUCUCGCGACAGCCACGCCGAGGCGGCCAAGACUGCGCGGGUGCUCACCACCACCAAGUACACGCAGUACACCCGCAACCCGGAGAUCAAGAUCGCCUACGAAAUGCCCGAGUACCGCGACGAGAGCGCCGCCGCGGUCGCCAGGGACGCCAGGUCGUUGUCGCUGGCCGAGGAGCGCGUCGAGGAAGGCAUCCUGCCGACGCCCUUCCUGUACAUCGGGCUGCUGGUGGCCCUCGUGCUGUCCGUCGUGCUGUCGGGCUUCAUGGUGCCCAUCGGCCUCAAGUACACGUACAACGCGAACGUCUCCUGGUUCAAGUCGCUCAUCGUCGCCAUUUUGCUCAACAACAUAGUCAUCGACGUCAUCAAGUCUAUCGGCGUGGCCGGCUACGUGGCCAGCAGAAAGAAGAAGUAGCCACAUCGUCAUUUCGCCCAUCUGCUCAUCGAUACCUUGUCCCUUCAGUGCUUUACCUUUUGUCUCAUGUGUGUGCUCGCGCCAAUAAAGGUGAAACAUC